AUGAAAGGUACACCUAGUGAACCGCAGCACGCACUCAAACUGGUAUGGGCAGGCACCAAGAUCAAGGCUUUAAAUGUGUUAGAAGAUGUGGAAUUAAGAAAUGGAAUCAAAGAAUAUUCAAAUUGGCCAACUAUCCCUCAGGUUUAUGUAAAAGCUGAAUUUGUUGGUGAUUGUGAUAUUGUAUUAAAUAUGCAUCAGUCAGGUGAAUUAGAAGAAUUACUGGGUGUAGGGUCUUAUGUUGUCACUUGUGUUGGUACGAAUUCUUACCAUGGUCGUACAAUCAUGUCCCUUAGAUCAGAACCAGAAGAUACCCCACUUCAAAUCAAGUUAAAUGAUCUUGCUGAAAAAAUCGCAAAACUUGGUGGUGCUUCUGCGUUACUUAUGCUCAUGGUUUUAUUAAUGGAAUAUUUUGUUAAAUUUCGUAAUGGAGUUCCUGGCUCUGCUUGUGAAAUUUUAGAAACUUUAAUUAGAAUCUUUAUAUCUACUGUGAUUGUGGUAGUGGUUGCCAUACCAGAAGCUGCUUGUGAAACAAUGGGCAAUGCUACCAUUAUAUGCUCAAAUAAAACUGGAACAUUAACUCAAAACAAAAUGACUGUAGUUGCUGGAACAAUUGGUUUAUCAAAGUCUUUUGUAAGGAAUGUUGAAGCUAAUGCUGUCAUACUUGGAAAUGACCCUUCUCAAAACAAUCUACCAAUGAUACUACAAAAUCCCAUUCCUUUAAAAAGUUUGGUAAAAGAAUUACCCACUGAAUCACUUAAAUUAUUAGAAGAAUCAAUAGCUAUAAAUUCGACAGCAUUUGAAGGUGAAACGUUGGGGGAUGGUAAAAUAAAUUUUGUUGGUUCGAAAAUUGAUGCUGCUUUAUUGAGUUUUCUUUAUGAUUUAAAUCUGGAAAACUAUAAAUCAUUAAGAGAGUCUUCUAAAAUUCAACAGAUUUACCCAUUUGGUUCUGAGCGUGCCAGUGAAGUUUUGCUUAAAAACGCAACAAAAACAAUUAAACUAACCAAUAAAUUAGCAUUUGAUAGUGAUGCUUAUGUGGUUGAUUUAGAGGAUAAAAGCUUGAGUGAAAUAAUUCUUUUUUGGAAUAUGCAGUCCAAGAGACGAAACAUUAACAUAGAGAAAAGGCUAUUUGAAGAGGAAGCCCAGUUAUGUCAAGUGAGUUAUCUUUAUGCAUUUCAAGAAUUCAACCCAAUAUAUUUUAGGUGCAACAAGGAGAGAUCUUUAUUGCAAAAAACAAUUACAAACAAAUUUGAAGAAUUCUUAUCUGAUGAAAGGUUGGAACCUGAUGAAUUAAAGACUGGACAAAAGCAACUUUUUGAGGAAGAAUUACCACUAACUUCAUCAUAA